AUGCCAAAGUCUGAGAGUGUUGUUGUUAUUCGGGCGGAAGAUAUCGAAUAUGAAGACCGCCUCGCCCGCAUUGCCAACCAGGAAGACCGUUCGCAGAGUCGCCUCCAAGCGAUCCGCAAGAACCCGUGGGCAUUUGCCUGGUGCCUCUACGCCGUGUGGACGAUUCUGCUCGUCAGCGUCGAAGAUCAGGCCUCGUACAAUGUGCUGAGCAUCCCACAGUUCCGGAAAGACUUCGGCUCGUCGUUUGAGGGCAACUAUGUCCUGGCCGCCUCAUGGCAGUCGGCCUUCAGUGGCGCCCCAAUUGCAACUCGAAUCAUCGGGGCACUGGCUGCGGGUCAAGUGGCCGACUGCAUCGGCCGACGCAACACCCUUGUCGUUGCCAUCGGUCUGUCGCUCGCUGCCGUGACCAUGGAGUUUGUGGCCACAAGCAAAGAACUUUUCUUCGGUGGGAAGAUGUUGAGUGGGCUGGCCGUCGCCGCGAUUGAGUCAGUUGCUCCCCUGGCCCUAAGAGGUCUCACGACCGCCUUGAUAGCCUUUUCGGCCGGAGCUGGCGCCCUGACUGUGGCCCUCAUCAUCAACAGUACCGGGGCAUAUACGACCAGAUGGGCGUACAGGGCCGUCUUCUGCAGCCAGUUCGGGUUCGCUGCCAUCGCCGCGUCUUUCGUCUGGUUCAUGCCUGAAUCGCCGUGGUGGCUCUUGAGCAAGGGCCAAGAAGAGGUGGCCUUGAAAUCUCUACGCCGUCUCGGAUAUACGAGUUCCAGUGGCGAAGAUGCGAAACGUCUCGCGACCAUCAGAGUCACCUUGGAAGAGAUCCGCUGCGAGACUGAGGGUGUCACGUACUUCGAGUGCUUUCGCAAGUCGAAUCUCCGCCGGACAAUCGUGGCCAUAGCACCGCUCUCAGUCGAGAUCUUCGUCGGGGCCAUCUUCACGGGCCUGUAUUCGACCUACUACGCUCAACUGGCGGGCUACAGCACCACCAUGUCCUUCAGACUGCUCAUCACCCAGCAGGUUCUGUCCAUGGUCGGGAAUGUCUUGUCGUGGUACCUGAUUGAGCGGGUCGGCCGCCGUAACCUGACCGUCUACGGCACGCUGGCUCUGACAUUCAUGCUCUGGAUCAUGGGCGGGCUGGCUGUGGGCGGGAGCCGGGGCGAGCUGCGCGGCGCCAUCGCCAUGGUGCAGAUCUACUCGUGGGUGUACAGCCUGACCAUCGGCGCGACGGCGUACACGUAUUUGACCGAGGUGGCCACGGCGCGGCUGCGCGUCAAGACCAUGGCCGUCGGGCUCGCGACGCAGAGCUGCUUCGGCCUGCUGUGGAGCUUCGUGCUGCCGUACCUGUUCAACCCGGACAAGGCGAACUUGGGUGGAAAAGUGGGCUUUAUAUUCGGCGGCCUUGCCAUACCUUGCUUCGUGUUCCUCUGGUGGCUCCAGCCCGAAACGGCGGGUCGGUCGUACGAGGAGCUCGACGAACUGUUUGUCAAGAAGGUCCCUGCGCGCCAGUUCAAGACGUACACGACCGAGGUGGAGAUGAAGGUGGUGGUUUUGGCAAGGAGAGGAGGGGAGCAGGAGAGCACGGCGAGGAGGAGUGGUAGUAGUGAAUCUGAUAGCCCCAAAUGA